CAAACCACGUUCAAAAUCCAAGACGGAAACCAUACGAUAAUUCCCAUCUUUAUUCUCACACUCUCCAGCGUAGCUUCACCGUUCGUCCAACUAUCAAAUGUCUGCCGCUUCGGACGAGCAAUUUACGGCUGUAAUAAAGCUGAAGCCCAUUGAAGCAACUCCCGAGACCUUUAAAGAGUUCGGACAAGUGAUUGAGGCGUCGAACGAUGGCGAAGAGUUUGGACCUAAUGACGCCCAGCUCGACCUGUCCCAUGGAAUCCCCAGGUUUUACAUUAUGCAUCUUGAAGAUAGGGCUCUCAAGUUCUCAGAUAUAACACAUCAUGCUAGUGUGACCCAGUGCCUUGGUUCAAUUGGUGGCCAUGUUUGGUAUCUUGGAGUUGGAAAGCCAUCUACUGUAGAUCCAACAGAAAUAAAUGGCGCCACUGGUGCAGAUGUGGUGCAAUCUCACUGUGGUCACUUUUAUGUUCCUCCGGCUGUUGAUGACAUCCGUGCUUUUAGAAUUUCAGGUCCAAAGUUCUUGAAGCUGAAUAGAGGUACAUGGCAUGCUGGGCCAUUGUUCACGGAAAAGACAAUGGACUUCUACAAUCUGGAACUGAGCAACACAAAUGUGGUAGAUCAUACAGUCCACGACUUCGUCAAGAAGAAUAAAGUGGUAUUUCUGCUGGACGAGUAGAGGGCCUACUUCUAAUUGUUAAAAACCGGACGAGAAUAUGAGAAAGACAAUGCUUCUGUGAAGAGUGAGUUGGUGGUUUGUUAAUGGCCAGCAAAUUUUUCCUAUGCUGUAAGGAUGUAUCAAUGCUCUUUUGCUUUUGGAAUGAAAAGUUAACUAUUGUUGAAGAACAACAACAAUGCCAACCCCUAAGCAUAUUUACGAGCAGCUUUUGGAAUGAAAAGUUAACUAUUGUUGAAGAACAACAACAAUGCCAACCCCUAAGCAUAUUUACGAGCAGCUGAUUACUGUGUC